AUGAGGAGGAAUAAAAAGGAGGAUAUCUCCAGGGAGGAAUUAGCGAAAGUAAUAAAAAAUUUGAAAAGGGGAAAAGCAGCAGGGGAAGACGGAUUGACGACAGAGUUUAUAAAAGGAUUACCGGCAAUUUGGUUAAUAGAGAUGCACGAAAUACUAAAUGGGUUUUGGAAGGAAGGAAAAGUUGGAAAUGGGUGGGGAAAAGCUAGAAUAUAUCCCAUGCAUAAGGGAGGGGAAGAAGAGGAUACAGGAAAUUACAUAGGAGUUUCUCUAUUAGAUAUAGGAUAUAAAUUAUUAACAACCAUCAUGCAUAGAAGAUUGAGGGCUUGGCUGGAAAAGAAGGGAUUAAUAAGAGAAAGCCAAGCGGGAUUCAGGGAAGGAAGGUCAACAAGAGAUCACGUAUUCGUGCUAAAUUCUACAAUCAAUAAUAAACUUAAGAGAGAAGGAGGAAAGCUGUAUGGGAUUUUCGUUGACUUUCAGAAAGCUUUCGAUACAGUAGACAGAAAUAUUCUCAUCGGAAAACUGAAGAAAAUUAGGAUUAGAGGCCGAAUGUUACGAAUGUUAGAGGAGAUAUGCGGGAAAACGGUUAAUGAGGUAAUAACUGGUCAGGGAAUAACAGAGUUUCUCUACAACAAGAGCGGUUAG